UUUUCUUUAAUGUCAAUGUAAAUUUAAUUAUCAACCUAGGCGCCAUUGUUUGUAUGUCUUUAGGCUUCAGCCAGUUCUGGAUUAAUAGUAAUGAUGGUUUUAAGAAACCAUAUUUUCAUAAAAUACCUCCAUAAAUUCCUUUAUCUAGCACUAAAGUUCUUAAUUUCUUAUUUGUGGAACUAAACCAACCUCAAGACCCAUGGUGCACAUAGAAAUUAUGUGAAAAUACCACCAUAGGCAAAGUGACAUGAGCAACUGGUGUUGAUGCCUUAAACUAAUCUCACUAAGUGUGAGAACCUUUCCUCAGGAGGCACUGAGCAGCCAGUUACCGAGGGUAGCAAAAAGUCACGUCUGGUAACUUUAAGACUCAAGCUUCCAUUUUUUAAAAUGGAAAUUUGUCUCUUCUAGUACAAAGCACAAUAGCUCUCUCUGCACUGAUAAUGUGGCCCCUCUUGACCCACUCCGAUGCCAAAGAGGUAAGGGGGGGAUUUGAGUAAGGAGGGAUUUGGAAUCGAGGCUGCUGGCAUCUGAGGAAAUGGACAUGUAGCUAAAUAUGUAUGGCAGGAUCAGACAAGACAGCUGAUAUAUAAGGGGUUGCCAUUGUUAUAAUUAAUAACUAUACACAUAUGUAUGUUCCAAUAUAGACUAACAUUUUUAAUACCAGUGGCUAAUGAUUUUGAGGGGUGUAGUGUAUUGGCAAAUACCUUCUGUUGCUGAAGAAUAUGCCAUUUUAACGUAAGGACCAAGGAGGGAGGCAGCCAAAAUCUACCCACACACAUAUGUAUACUGGCCUGUUUAUCUUAUAUUCAUAUUUUUAUAUUCACAUGUUCUGCAGGUGGACUAUUAAUACAUAAAUAUGACAACAACGAGGAAUGGAUUAAAGGUGCUUGGCUUUCUAGUAUCUACAAUGAUUUUAGGCUUCAUCUACAGGGCCGCCACAAAUAAAUCAACAGUUCCUUAUAUUCUUUCCUACAUCUCAGACCCUAUAAUCUAUACUAGUAUGAAUCCAGAAAAUAUUCUAAAAGAAGGGAAUGGGAUUAUAUUUUUGGAGACUACAGACAGAAUGGAGCCACCAUCUUUAGUGCUGUGUGCUAUUGAGUCAGCGGCCCGUGUGUACCCUGAUAGACCGGUGGUUUUCUUCAUGAAAGGUUUAACAGACAUUAAUUCAGAAGACGAUGAGAAACGAGCAAAGGAAAGAUUUCCAUCUCUGUCUUCUUUUGAGAAUGUCUACAUCUUCCCACUCAGAAUGGAGAAAUUAUUUAACAAUACACCACUUCUUAUGUGGUACCUAAAGGCUGAUCCUAAGCGUGAAAGGUACUGGAUCCAUAACCUCUCAGAUGGCUGCAGGAUGGCUAUGAUGUGGAGAUAUGGUGGUUUUUAUUUUGACGCCGACGUCAUCUCAAUGCGACCAAUCCCAGAAAAGAACUUUUUGACUGCCGAGAACCAACAUACAUCUGGCAGUAGUGUUUUUGGUCUCUCUCCUCAUAACAGUUUUGCCUGGACAAGUUUGAAUGACUUUGUACAGAAUUACAAUGGAGAUGCGUGGGGAAAUCAAGGCCCAACUCUGUUUACACGGGUUCUGAAACAGUCAUGUGAAUUAUCUGCCUUUAAAUCUCUAGACAAUAUUGUAUGUGGAAAUAUCUCCUUCCUGCACCCUGAGCGCAUCUAUCCAAUACCAUAUGGAGGCUGGAAGAGAUACUUUGAGGUUUGGGAUAAAAUACCAACUUUUGAUAAUUCGUAUGCUUUGCAUCUCUGGAAUUAUAUGAAUAGCGGUGAGAAGAAGACUGUAGUUAUAGGGAGUAACACGUUAGUGGAGAAUCUCUAUAAACAGUAUUGCCCAUCAAUCUAUGGGCUUCUUGCAAAAAAUGCGACAACAGCAAAUCAACACACAUAGAUAUUUUUUAAGGCUAUUCAGCACACCAAUAAUGAAAGCUGUUUUUUUAUAUUCAAAGGGAUUUACUUUUUUGUAUUUUUAUAAUGAAAGCGAUUUAUAUAAAUGUAAAACACGAGUUUUAAAAUGUUUCUAUAUGUCUUAAUGCGAUGGAAUGGCGACAUUCUCUAGUUGGUAAUCCUACUAGCAGACUGCCCGAUCUAUAACACUCUCUCCCCGGUAGCUACAAUCAUAAUACUCUGUAUUCUAUAUUGUAAAUAUGUAGAAUUGUACUAUUUAAAUAAUGGCAAAUUUUUGUGAAAAAAAAAAGGGUGGGCAAAAAAUAUUUCUUUUCUCGUGU